AGCCAAAUCUUUGCUCGAAGUUUGCGUUUGCGGAAACAUCUCGCCCACCAUCACUCACAUCGUGUGACAUGCUUGGGUUUCCGCUGGGAUUGAAGUCCUCGGUGCAGUACAUCACGAAGUCUCGUUGGCGGUUGCGGAGCGUUGGGCCUUUGGCGGGAUGCCUGAAUGUCAUGAACGGGUCUAUGCAUUUGGUGUCCAUUAAGGCGCAGUCCACUGUGGCCGGGGUGCAGGCAACGAAGGCACCUGGGGCGGCACAUGCAGAGCCAGUCGUGACCAUCCCAUACGACAAGUUGCAAGCUCUCUCCCCCGAUGCCCUGGAGAAGCUUCGCAAGGCUUUCGUUGGUCCCCACGCCUACGGCGCGGUGGCCAUAACCAACAUUCCGAGCUACGGCGAGCUGAAACGCAAAGCGUUCCGAGCAGGCAUUGAUUUGGCACUCUUGGAUGCGGAUGGGCGCAAAACUGCCGCGGCGGUCAACAAUACCUACCCGGGUUGGAGUGGCACGCCAGGCAGUGAGACGCACCCGCUUCAAAGCAGCUUUUUGUUUAACGUUAAAGAAGAGCUUCCCGGCGGUAAGCCAGACCCUUUCUUCGGAAAGAACAUUUUCCCCAGCGAGGAGUACAAGAAGACCUGGGUCUCCUUUUCGACUUUGAUGUACUCUACCGCGCUACAAGUCCUACGGGGCUGCGACCGGCUUAUGGAGCGGGAGGUGAAGCAUUGGCAGGGGCGAAGCCUCGAAUGCCUUGGCGACCAGGGGCCUGCGCUGGCUGGUCGAUUUAUUUGUUAUGAUUCAGGUUUUACACGUGAGGACCGUCUCCUCGAGCAAGCGGAAGCAUUGGCCGCUGCUGAGAAUUCAUCAUCGCAAGUUGCAAGCGCACCUGCUGGUCGGCAGGUGGGUCACGCGGAUGACGGUUUGGCAUCCAUGCGGACCCACAGCACGCCUGUGAAGUCUGCAGGGCAUGCAGGGGAUGGCCUUGCAUCAAUGCGGACCCACAGCACGCCGGUGAAGACCGCUGGGCAUGCGGGGGAUGGUUUGGCAUCAAUGCGGACCCACAGCACGCCUGUGAAGUCUGCAGGGCAUGCAGGGGACGGCCUUGCAUCAAUGCGGACCCACAGCACGCCGGUGAAGACCGCUGGGCAUGCGGGGGAUGGUUUGGCAUCAAUGCGGACCCACAGCACGCCUGUGAAGUCUGCAGGGCAUGCAGGGGAUGGCCUUGCAUCAAUGCGGACCCACAGCACGCCGGUGAAGACCGCUGGGCAUGCGGGGGAUGGUUUGGCAUCAAUGCGGACCCACAGCACGCCUGUGAAGUCUGCAGGGCACGCAGGGGAUGGCCUUGCAUCAAUGCGGACCCACAGCACGCCGGUGAAGACCGCUGGGCAUGCGGGGGAUGGGCUGGCAUCCAUGCGGACCCACAGCACGCCUGUGAAGUCUGCAGGGCAUGCAGGGGAUGGCCUUGCAUCAAUGCGGACCCACAGCACGCCGGUGAAGACCGCUGGGCAUGCGGGGGAUGGUUUGGCAUCAAUGCGGACCCACAGCACGCCUGUGAAGUCUGCAGGGCAUGCAGGGGAUGGCCUUGCAUCAAUGCGGACCCACAGCACGCCGGUGAAGACCUCUGGGCAUGCGGGGGAUGGUUUGGCGUCAACGCGGACACACAGCAUGCCUGUGAAGUCUGCAGGGCUUGGAGGGGAAUUCCAAGCCUCAAGCCGGGCCCAAGCUGCUUUUUCAACGAUUGCCGAGCCAUCAGCGUCUACUGACUAUGAUUCUUUGGAUGGAUUUGAUCCCUUUGGAGAAUCAGCAAUUUUGACGGAGAAUAGCGAAGAAGCCGCCAACGAGACGGACUACUGGCUGCCCUGGCACAUCGACUCGAACUUUGUGACCAUCCUGCAUCAGGAGAUGUAUGCGGAUUUUACGACGGGCGAGUUUGUCCCACCCCCGGUGAAUACUGGGCUGAAGAUGAUGAAUGAGGUAGGUCAGACCACGCUGCUGGACUGCGAUGGGCAUGAUACGAUGCUUCUCCAGUUUGGCGCCUUCGGACAAAUCUACACAGGUGGGCAGAUCCAGGCUUGCCGGCACGCCGUCAUGAACCCCGUCUUGCCCGGCCUUACGCGCUUCAACUUCUGCAACUUCUGGUACGUGCCGUGGCAGACGGUGUGCCAGGCGCCUGAAGGUAUGGCUGACAGCGCUGUCAACAAGGGCUGGAAUGCAAUGAUGGAUGAGCAGUAUUUAGACAUCACCAUGAGGCAGAGCUUUUCAGCCUUCCGCCAGUUUAUGGUCUCUCCGGAGGCGCGGCUGCAGUUUGCGGAUUCCCAGCGCUUCAAAGAGCUGUCCGAAGUGCUGCCCAUGGUGCGACAGCACAAGCCAGGCGCGGCCGGUGGCAAGCUGAAUAUCCAAGUGGACGUGCUCACGGAUGUGCGCUGCCCAUUCUCGUUCAUCAGCCAGAAGAAUCUGGAAACCGCCAUCCGGAACCAGUCGCUGCAAGAUCAGGUGGCGGUCCGCUAUCAUCCGAUCUUCCUGAAUCCCAACAUUCCCAAGGAGGGGCUCAACCUGGACGACUACCUGUGGUGGGAGUUUGGGCACAGCAAGGAGUAUGCUCGUUCAGCGGAUUACCCCUUGCGCAAGCAUGGCCGGGAAGCCGGCAUCGACAUGAACCCCGAGCGGCGUGUGGUCAACACCUUUGACGCAUUCUGCCUCAUCGAGGCGGCGCAGGAGAAGGGCGUCCAGCACGAGCUUGUGCAGCUUCUGUCCCACUGGUACUUCGAAGCAGCCAAGGACAUCUCCGACGCGGAGGUGCUGAAAGCCGCCGCGGAGGCGGUGGGUUUGCAGGGCGAAGCGGCGCUGGCGCGGGCGAAGGAGCUGCGGCCGCUGGUGCAGAGCCGCUAUGAGGAGAUGUCUGCCAUGCUGGGCGAGGUGCCGCAUUUUUUGCUGCGCGAGCAGGCCUCCGGCAAGGGCCUGGAGGUGGGGGGCCUGCGCACCGUCGAGAGCUGGGAGCAGGUGCUGCAGGACGUCUUGGAGAGGGGCAACUUCAUGGGCAUGACCAUCGACGGCCCCCACGGCCAGGAGGUGCGCCUGGAGGUUGCGAAUCCUUUCGGCGCGGUGAGCCACGCCUUGCCCGCCCAGCACGGGUGGGUGCCGGAGAGCUGGCCUUAUGAGGAUGCGGACUUCUUGCGCAUGGACGAACGUCCUGACGUGGUCUUCCACGAGCAGCCCAAGCUCGUACAGCACCUGGACGAAAACUCGCUGCACCACCUGACGAAGGUCUACGACGCCAUCUUCAAGGCUUUGCCGGACGACUUCGCAGUCUUGGACUUGUGCUCGAGCUGGGUCUCGCACUAUCCGGAGGAUGUGCGGAGGGCGUCCCAGGUAGCUGUGCACGGGCUCAACAUGGCGGAGCUGCAUGCGAAUCCCCAGGCGACGGAGCGCCAUGUCCAGGACCUGAACUCGGAGGCCGCGUUGCCCUGGGCGGCGGGGAGCUUCGACCUGGUGACCUUGGCGCUGAGUGUGCAAUAUUUGACGAAUCCCCGGGCAGUCUUUGCUGAGAUGCAGCGUGUGCUCAAGCCCGGGGGCAUGGCGGUGGUUGCCUUCUCCCACCGCUGCUUCAUUGAGAAGGCCGUGAAGGUUUGGGCGGAAGAUACCAGCAAUGGCGAGGGCCAAGCCCAUCUCAUUUGCCAGUACUUCCAGCACGGGCCAAAGAACGGCUGGGAAAAGGUUGCGACUGCAGAUGUGAGUCCGACGCAUGGAGACCCUCUGUGGUUGGUCACUGCAGUGAAGCCGAAGUGAGGGCCGUGCGCUCGGAACUCUCCGAGCGUGGCCGCCCGGUCGGUCAAUCAGUCAAUCCCUUCCGACGCGAAACGACGCGAGUUGCACGCGGGUUCGGACAAGAGGCGGGCUGCGGGCCCUGUGAUGAAAGAUUUUGACCGGAAUCCGCGGCCUUCCAUAUCUUCGGAAUACAGAGAGUGUACAGGGCGUCAAGCUGAGUGGUCGGCGCAGAAACGUUCUUGCAACUCUCAUCUAUUUGCUCCUGGCAAGCCCGACCACUAUGCUUUUGCAUUUAGCCGCCAUCGCGG